AUGGUAAAUUUUGUGAAGCCGGGCUUGCUGGGCACAAAAUUGGAAUUUGCAAAUCGCUUUGCGAACAUAAUCAACCGAGGAAGAAUCAAAGAUGCGACACCGGCUGAAGUGCGCCAUAUGAAGAAGCGGUGCCAUGUUCUUUAUGAGCAUCUGAAGAAAGUUGUUGAUCGCAAGGAUUAUCGCGUUUUGACGGAAGCAAUCCCAGGAAAGCAGGAAUAUGUGAUAAAUGUGCGACUGACUCCGCGGCAGGUAUCACUUUAUCGCGCAUUCCUCGAUGGUAUUGGGCGUGAAAGUGUCAGACUUAACAAACGACUGCUGUCGGACUACCACAUGCUCUCACGCAUUUGGACUCAUCCAUAUCAGCUCAUCAUGCAUCAGAUCGCCGUUGAAAAAAAGCGGGGAUCGCAUUUCACGCAGUGGUACACGUGGGAAGGAAAACAACCGCUGGCAUUAAUGUUUGCUUAUAAAGGCAGAUCGCGAGGACAUCCAUGCCGAUGGGAUGCUAAUGGUGAAGCAAUCCAAGGAACUGGAAAGGCAACAGUGCAGAGAAAAUCUCGUCGCCUUGCGGGUGAGGAAGUGGAGAUGGAUGGGGCAGAGCUUCCUGCGGAGUACGAAGGCUGGUAUUCGAGAACGGGUCUGGUAUCAGAAGAUGAUCGCAACGAUUUUUCGCUUAGCAAUAAGCUUACACUGCUCAUUCAGAUCAUCAAAAAAUGCGAAGAAAUUGGUGACAAGUUGUACGUUUCAGUUUCUCACUGA